AUGUCUCAGGAGAAUGACACCUCUCUCAGGGCGCUGGGGGAUGAGCUCGCCGCCAUGAGGCUGCAGAAGCUGGAACAGCAGCGGCGGCUCUUUGAGAAGAAGCAGCGGCGGAAGCGCCAAGAGCCCCUCAUGGUUCAGGCCAAUCCCGACGCUUCCCUGCGGCCCCGGCGACCAUGGAGGCGGGAGGAGCGCCUCGCGGGUGACAGCGGCCUUGGGAACCCUUUCCUCCAGGAGAACGUGCCAGAGGCACAUCUGCGCUCUGGGGCCCACAGUGCCCUGGGCAUCGUCAGCUGCGGUGGAGAUGGCAGCCCACUGGCAUCGCCGACAGAAGGAGACAGUUCCGAUCCGGAGUUGGAGGAAGUCUCCGUAGAGGAUGUUCUUGCUUCACCACCUCCUUAUAAAGAGCCUCUGGGGACUCGACGCAGGGGUUAGCCAGCCCGCCAACGACCUGGGGCCAGUGUGGAGGAAGAGGGUGAAUCCCAAGAUGUUGGAGAUGAAUAUGAGGCACCCAGUCCAGAACCAAACCCUAGCAUGGAUGGUGACCUGGGUCGUGGAGACUUAGCCUCCAACAAGGGCGAAGACUUGGAAGAGAAGAAAGAGGAGUCGGAGUCUACAGUGAGGAAUUCCCCACCCGCAACCGAAGAGGAGGUGUCCGAGACCCCGGAAGGCGAGGUCGCGGGCAGCAGCGAUGUGGGGAGCUCGCCCCGCUCGCCUCCCCGUGCGCCAGGCCCUCGGCUGGGAGAGGACGUGGAAGCUUGUGUGCUGCGGCCGGCGCUGCGCGGCCGCACGGUGCAGUGCCGCAUCAGCCGCGACAAGCGCGGCGUAGACAAGGGCAUGUUCCCCUUCUACUAUCUCCGCCUGGAGGCGGCCUACGGCCGGAAGCGCUUCCUCCUGGCUGGGCUCAAGAGGAAAAGGAGCAAAACCUCGAAUUACCUCGUUUCCCUGGACCCCACAGACCUGUCUCGGGAUGGGGACAACUUUGUGGGCAAAGUCAGAUCUAAUGUCUCGGGCACCAAGUUCACCAUCUUUGACAAUGGGGUGAAUCCUGAAAGGAAGAAUUUCCUCCCCGGGACCGCUCGCAUCAGGGAGCUGGGGGCUGUGUGUUAUGAGACCAACGUCUUGGGAUUCCGAGGGCCCCGGAAAAUGGCUGUGAUCAUUCCAAGAAUCGAUUCCGAGAACCGGAGAAUCAGCGUCCAGCCUCAAAACGAACAGGAGUCGCUACUGAGUCGCCUCCAACGGGCGGCCAGCCAGGGGCUGGUCCUGCUGCAAAACAAACCCCCGUCGUGGAACGACGAGAGCGGCGCCUACGUACUCAAUUUUCAUGGUCGAGUCACUCGGGACUCGGUCAAGAACUUCCAAAUCGUGCAGCCGGAUGACCCGGACUACCUGGUGCUCCAGUUCGGCCGCGUGGCCCCAGAAACGUUCACCAUGGAUUUCCGCUUCCCGCUUUGCCCGCUCCAAGCCUUUGCCAUCUGCUUGUCCAGUUUCGAUGGCACGCUGGCCUGUGAGUAAUCCAGUGAAAUACCAUGCCCUCACCAGCUUCUGUGCCUGCUCAUUUGGAGAAAGGGCCCCCGCAUGCCUUCUUUUGCACCACCUUACUCAUAACCAACCCAUCAUACUCUGCCUGGGUGCCCAGUCCUGUGCUCCAGGGAAGUAGGGCUUUCAGCAGCACCUGCUUUCGCAGGACUCAGUCAUGGGAGAUGGAUCUUAAACAACAAAAAAUUAAAAUGCGCCUCUGCUAGGAAGGAGAAAAGCACGCGGAGGCCCAGGUCAGCUGGGUCAGAUCAAGGUAUCCCCA